AUGCGAAUAACGUCUGCUGUAGAGAUUCUUGAAAAUCCCAAGAAAUUUCCGAGUGACAGAAAGAAUUACAAACUUAUAAAACUUGAAAAUGGAUUAAAGGCUUUAUUAAUUAAGAAGCAAGGAAACUGUAAAGAUAUUGAACACAAUGACACAAUUUCAUAUGUGGCUUUAUGCAUUGACGUUGGAAGUUUUGAGGAUCCUUUCGAAGUCCAAGGACUUUGCCAUUUUCUUGAACAUAUGGUGUUCAUGGGAUCGGAAAAGUUUCCGAAAGAAAAUGAAUUCGAUCAAUAUAUCAAGAGCAGAAAUGGAUUUGAUAACGCCAUGACUGAAUGUGAAUUCACAAUAUUUUAUUUUAAAGUAGACACGGAACAUCUUCAUGGAGCUUUGGAACGUUUUGCAAACUUUUUCAUUUCUCCGUUGAUGUCACUUGAAAGCAUGUUUCGAGAAAUGGAAGCUGUUGAAUCUGAAUUUCAGAAUAAUGUCAACAACGAUGUUCACAGGGUCAAUCAGUUAUUUGCUUCAAUGGUUCGUGAUACUCAUCCGGCUUCUUAUUUCACAUGGGGAAAUCAUAAAACUUUGAAGACUGACAUAGCAUUAAAAGAUUUGUAUUUUAUUGUGCACGAGUUUAGGAAAAGAUUCUAUAAGUCUAAUCGGAUGAAUCUGUGUAUUCAAACAAGUUUAGGACUUGAAGCUCAGCAAAGAAUGAAAAAUGUAUUACGUCAAGUCAAAAACGAAGAAGCGAAAAAUGUUUAUGACAUUUAUCCUGCCAACGAUUGA